AUGGAUUAACAAGAAUCGGCAAGAUCAAUCAACAUAAGUUAAAGUUCAAUUGAUUAUUAGUAUAGGUUCUUCAAGAUAUUCAGAUUAAUUUUAACCUUAAUUAAUUCAUAUUAACUCUCACCAUAUUCAAAAGAAUAAACAUAAUAGUCAAGACUUUAGUCCUAUCUAUGAGAAAUCCAAUGAAGAAAUUGCAUAAGACAAAUAAAUUAGAUAAGCCAGAGCUAAUCUAAAAAAAACAUCAAAUUAUUAUGUAAAUCAAUCAUCAUAAUAUUAUUAUUAAGACACCUUCUUAAUUUCCAUAGGAUAGAAUUUAAAAUGCAAGAGGUAGCAAGAUUAUGUAAUUAAUUAAAUAGAAAAAUUAAUUGAAAAAGUUUAAAGAUAGAUUAUUUCUAAAUGCACAUAUCUAUCCUCGUAAUCCAAAUCCAUAAUUAACUUGUUUUUUAGAAGAACAUUUUAUCCAUAAAAAUCAUCAUCAUUAAAAAAAUUCAUAAUAAGAAACAAGAUUCGAUUAAGGUCAACUUGAAUUAUUAAAAAGUAUUGAAAAUGUUCAAUAACAUUAAAAAAUACCAAUAAUUAAUCCAACAGGAAAAUUUUAUAUGUUUUGGUAAUUCUUAAGAUUAAUUUAAAUUAUGUUCUUAUUGUGGUGGGUACCAUUCAAAAUAUCCUUUGAUCCACCUAAAACAUAUACUAUGAAUUAAAUUGAAAGAAUGUUAAUCUACUUAUUUGGAGUAGAUUUAUUAAUCAAAUUAAAUAGAGGUAUGAUUGAUUAAGGACAAAUUGUAUAUGAUAGAUUAAAGAUAAUAAAACAUUACAUAAUUUAUGAAUUAUAUGAAGAUACUAUCUAUAUGAUUACUCUUACUUUUGUAAUUGCAAGUGAUCCAAUUACUAUUUAUUUCUUUCCUGAAAUUAUUGUUUUAAUCCAAUUUACUUUAAAUUUCAUAAAACUUAAAAAAACUAUUAAUAGAUAUGGUGAAAUGUUUGCAAUUUAAUCCAAUUUUACUGAAUUUGUCAGUUUAUCUUAAUUAAUCAUUUUGAUUUUUUAUUUUGCUCAUUUUAUGGCUUGCAUCUGGUAUUAUGUUGGUAACAUGAGUUAAUCUUCCUUUUCAAAUUCAUGGAUUUAACAACAAAAUUUAUAAUCUUCUGAAGUAUUUCAUAAAUAUGGUUAUUCAUUUUAUUGGGCAACUGCUACAAUGGUAACUGUUGGAUAUGGUGAUAUAACUCCAUAAAAUAUCUAUGAAAUUAUUUGUGCUAUAAUUAUGAUUUUCUUUGCUAGUGUAGUGUUUGCAUUUUCUAUUAAUGCUAUAGGAGUAAUAUUCUCUAAUAUUGAUUUACAAAAAUAAUCCUAUAAAAGAAAUCUACUAUUAAUUAAUCAAUAUAUGAAUUCAAAUGAAGUUUCUUUAUAAUUAUAAAGUAGAGCAAGGAAUUAUUUAAAAUAUUAUUAUGAAUAAUAAGUAAAAGGAAAUAAAUAAGAAAUCAAUUCAAUUGUUGAAAAGUUAUCAUAUAAUCUAAAAUAAGAAUUAUUAGAAGAUGUUUAAAUUAGAGCAAUCACAUGUGUUGACUUCUUUACUAAAAAUUUUUAACCUUCUACUAUUCAUUAAAUAGCUUGUAGAAUGAAUAUCUAAUAAUACACUCCUAGAGAAAUUAUUUUUUAAUCAAAUUCAAUUGAUGAAAAUUCAAUCUACAUAAUUUAAAAAGGUGAAAUCAAUCUUAUUGAUAAUAAAACUAAUAAAAUUAUUCAAAAAUGUUCUAAAGGUUAAUGCUUUGGAGAAUUUGAAUUUCUUACUUCUUGUAAAAGAUAAACUAAAGCAAUAAGUACAACUUUUAGUUCAAUUUAUAGAAUGAGUAGAGACACCUUUCUUGAUAUUAUUGCUGAAAAUUCUAUUGAUUUUUAAAGAUAUUGUGAAAUGAGAGAUAGGAUUUUAUUUCAUUAUCACAAUUUAUCUAUAAAAUGUGCUGCUUGUUAAGGAGAUCAUCUUAUCAAUUAAUGUCAUUAUCUUACUUAUCGACCUGAUACAGAAUUUAUUAUUAAAAAAUAAUUAUUCAAAUCUAAUCAAGAUAGAUCAUAAUUCAAACGCAAAAAUUUAAGAUUCUAAAGAAUUUUUAAUAAUCAUGAAGAUCAUGAACCUCCUAAUAAAACUCUACAAUAAAAUCAUUCAAAUAUUUCUAUUGAUUCUUGUGAUAAAUAAAAUUCAAGUAUUCUUGAAAGUGAACAUCAAAAUCUUUUAUUAAAUGAUGAAGCUACAUAACAUAUAAAAAAAAGAAUUUCCUUAUGGAUUACUAAUUCAGAAUAACCAUAUUUGGAAGAAAAAAGUAAAUUUUAUUAUUAAUUUAGAGUCUAUCUAAAAAUCAAAUAGAUACAGUAGUGAUAAUCUUACAAAUAAAUAAAAUCGAAAAUCUUUGUUUAAUUCCUCUUAAGAACAAUCUAAAAAACUUAAUAAUAAUUAACAAUAUCUUUAAAUUAAUGAUUAAUAAUAAUAAGCUAUGAAUUCAUCCAAUAAUUCUUAAACUAAAAGUAAUCACAUAUUUAAUCAAUUGGAACAUAUACAAUCUUUCCAUUCAUUUAAUUUUGAAUUAGAUAAAAUGGAAACAUUUCAAAUAUACUUCCCAUAAAAUAAUGUACAAAAUGUUCUUAAUUCUUACUAAAAUUAAUAAAAAUUAUAAAAACUUUACAAAAUUUACUUUUCUACUAAUAAAUAUCGGUUUAUAUUUAUACAAAAAGAACCUUUACCAAAUGCUUUCAAAAAAUCAAUUUAUCGAGUAAAUAGUCAAAAUUGA